AUGUUACACCCAAAGGCCUGCUCACCACCGAACAUCCCGUCAUACAAAGGCUUCAUGGAGUUUGUGGCGAGGGGUAUGAAGGGUCGAAUAGGUAAAACUCCCACCGUGGGGACUAUUGAGGGCUUCCGUCGUGACUUUGAGGCCGGACUUGUCUUACGGCGCGACUACAAAACCCCCGAAAAUGGGACUUCGCAUCUUUUGAGCCUUUCGCGGAGGCCACCACCGGUCUUGGAACAGAAUGAUGGCCGGCUACUCGGCCUCUUCCAUUAUAUCUCGGGUGGAGUUUUACUGGCAUGGCUUUGA